GGUGCGUCGACAACGGCUUGACCUCCCCAAUUGUGGUCUCGUUUUUCAGAUUGUCGUUAUCUUUCGCUUGUAUCCUCACCAAUUGUAAUAAUUUGCUUUUAAUAUUAUUUAACAUGUUCUAUGUGCAUACUCAGCAGUCGAUCCACUUUAUAUCAUGACUUUUUUACAGAUUAUUUCUCUGGUCUUCACCCUUUCCCAGUAAAUAGUACUUCUUAGCUAAAAACAAAAUCCUACCAAAAGUUGAAAACUACAUCAAUGAUGGACCCAAGCGCUCCUGUUGUACCCCAAGAAAUAAGCACUGAUCAACCUGUUUUAUCAGAUGAGGAAAAUGCAAGGCUACAAGUUGAAUUGUCUCAGGUUGAAGAAGAAAUUCGUCUCCUUCAAGAAACUCUUGUUGUUAAGCAGCGCCGAUCUAACGAGAUAAAAAAGGCUCUUGGUUUUACCACACUUUCUACAUUGCAGUAUGACCUCAUGGAAGGUAUUCAUAAAUUGGAAGAUACAGAAGCAUAUAUCAAAACAAGCGAACUUUUAAGUAAAGCUAAAGAUAAGACCGUCAAUGUAGCCCAAGAUGCUAAAGAAAAAGUCGGAUCAACAAUUUCUGCUAUUCGGAAUUCAGAGGUUGUGAAAUCAUUGAAUGAUAAAGUUGGUUCUGCUUAUUCAACAGUUAAAGAUGCUAUAAUUCAUUCGACGUAUGGACAUCCACCAGAUGAUGGGACUGAAUAUGUUAGUAAUAAAUAA